GGUAAAAUGGAUUCCGUUAGAGGGUUGAUAGAGCUACAAGGUAACCAGGGUAGAGAAGGAGAAGAGGGGGGGUUAUAUCUGUAGAACCUAUCACGAUGAUAGUGCCGCCGACGUUGCAGGAUGUGCCGAAAACAAUGACGCCUGAAAGCAGCGCCAGUUUGAGUGCUAGGUACAACGGUGGCGACCACCCUACUGCAUCGUCGAGCAGCUCGUCUGAGGAGACACCUAGCUGUGAGGAAAGGAUGGGGGAUGUGAUGAGCAACGUCUCAGAUCGGCCUGUGAGUGAAGAGUGGGAGAGCAAGACAAUCACGGGCAGGUUGAGCAACCUGCGAAAGGCGCCAAAGGAUUUGCCCGCUGGAUUUAGGUUCAGGGCGGCACUGCAUCAUAAAGUAGCAGACAAGUGGACGGGCUGGAUACCAGUAUAUAUGGAUCACUUUGACGCCGGCCUGCAAUUUCCCAUGCCCGGAUUGGUGUUCGACCUGCUGGUGGAUUACGAGCUAGCCCUGACACAGCUGACGCCCAACAGCAUAAGGUUCAUCAUUGGCUUUAUGCUGUUGUGUUUGUGGUUAGAGAUACCGGCCAAGGCGAUCGUGUUCAGGUCUCUGUUUCAAUGCUGGCUGUGUCCCAACUCCAGAGGCGCGAAGUGGUAUUACCUCUCUGAAAGAGAGAAGAGCCAAUUGUUCAAGAAUGCGGCUCAACCGGCGGCUGCGCGCUUAUCGAACGCGCCCUCUGCCACGGCGCGAGCAACAGUAGAGCCUGCAUCUGCAUCGGCCUUAGUGUCGGCGCCUAGGAUCACGUAUCCUGACGGCUUCAGCUACGUGAAGCCGGAGUGCCAGCCCGCCAUGAUGCAGGGCAUGCAAAGCUUCGUGCCGCCGGUGGAUCGGCAAUGGGCAAAGAGCUACGUGCAACAGCAUGGCAGGCAGGUCACCAUGAUCAAGCUAAUGGACGCAUUCAGCUAUGUGAUUGCGAUGUUCGAGAGCGAGCAAGGGGCUCACUCUCAGAAUAACGAGCUCAGCGCUAACUGUAAACAGCUGGCCGCAGAAAAAGCCAGCCUUGUGGAUGACGUCAAUCGUCUACAAGGCUCGGAGAUGGCCAACCACGCAGCCGCAGCGGCGAAGGAUGAGGCCGCCCGUGUUGGGGAGCGGGCCAGCAAAGCUGAAGCCGAGCGGGACAAUGCGUUGAACGAGCUGCGUUCCCUAAGGAGUCAGGUCGCCGACGCCACCAGGAACCUCAAUACAGCUGAAGAGGCCUUGAGCAAACUGAAAGCGUCUCACGGGCGCUCUGUGAGCAUGGCCCGCGUUCAACGUGCGGAGUGGUUGGUGGGCUCGGCCGCAUUCCAAGACGCAGUGGUAGUGGUGGUGGCGGUGGCAUCUACGAACAUGACCACGGAGAUCUACAAUGAGAUCCGUCGUAAGGUGCUGCACCAUCGCCCGGACUUCCCCAUACGCGAGUUGGCGCUUUUUGAUGGGGAAGACAUUGACGAGCAGGGUAAGAGCCUUGCUCCCCUCGCUGACACAACAGUACGGCUACGGUGGGACCUGAACGAGGAGGGAGUACCCAUCUGGCCUCCCUUAAUCUUAGAAGAGGGGGAGGAUCCAAUGGGGAUGCCCUCCUUUGACGGAUGGGUGGAAGGGGCUCUUGUAGCUGAACAGGAGCCAUCGAGCACUCCUCCCAACUCACUGUGAUGCCGAGCAGGUCCCCCGUCAGUGCACUAGCUCCCGAGCCCGCUGUUCGCUUGUCGCCAGCUCGAUCCUCUCCUCCAGCUGUUGACGCGUCCAUGCUCGUCGAUCUGACGGAUGACUAGAUUUAGGAUUUUCGUUUUUGAUUUUUUGUAUUUUGUCUCUUCAUUUUUGUAUUAAUCAAUGGAUUUGUUCCAUAUGUACCUCAAAUGUAAACUUCCUUGAUGAAAUACAAACAUGAAUUUUCU